AUGGCAGACGAAUCGUCUGCACCAGGCCUCCUUGAGAAAGUCACGAUACUGGUGACCACCUCGCCGAUCCCGUCGCAUCCUUCGCCCAUACUCCUGAGGACGCUGUUUGGAUCCUUCCAAAAGCACCUUGCAGCGGCGGUGAACUGCCAGAUAGUCUUGGUUUGUGAUGGGUUUGCACGAUCUGAUGGAAAAGACCAACUGUGUAGUGAGGAGGCCUAUAGCAGGUUCUUGACCAGCAUCCAGGAGCUUUGUGCUGCUGGAGAGCUGGGAAAUUGUCGAGUCCUUGUGCUGCAAUCCUGCCACGGGUACGGCUUGGCGUUGUCUGCAGCCCUUUCUGAAGUUGCCACAGAGUUCGUGCUAGUGGUACAACAUGACUGGCUCUUUGUCAGAGAUGUUGACUUGACCUUGGUAGUCGAUGCCAUGGACAAAGACCCUGCAAUCAAGUACAUUGGCAUGCAGUCGCUGACGACACUGGACUACGCCCGAAGAAUGCAGCUGAGGUACAAGCUGCAACUCCCCUCAGAACGCAUCGUCGCAGGGCUACGCCUAGUUCCUCAACUCCUCUGGUAUGACAAGCCGCACCUUUGUCGAAAGCGGCACUAUGUCGAGGUGGUCUUACCAGAAGCCAACAUGACCGUUUUGGAGAACCCAGAACGAAGGUAUGGAGUGGAACGGAUGUGGCCGAAACUGCUGAAUUCCCAAAACCUCGCGGAGGAUCAUUUGCGCUACGGUACUUUCUUUUGGGAUGUUGGAGCUGAAGUCGUAUACCACCUCUCGGGCCGGAAGCUCCUUGCACAAACCAACCCGGACGCAGAAAAGCUGCAAGUGGAAGGCUUGCGCGGAGUGGCUACCUCAACAGCUACCUUCACAGCGGUGGCAGCUGAGCGGACAAUGUACAUUGACGGCCUUGCCAUGCCAAAGAUCAAACUCCCAUCUCGCAGCUUUAAGGGCCGAUGCUACAUUUGCGGUGAACGCGGGCACAGCAAGGCCAACUGCCAGAGACGAAGCGACUUAGAGAGCAAGCCAGAGGCUGUUGUUGGCUGUGCGGCAGGGAGUGAGAUUCCGCCAGGAAAGAAAUCUGAUCCGUCCUUCUCAAUGCACCUUCUUGCAAGCAUAAGCCAGCUCUUGUUCCAAGUUCACCAUGUGCUGCAGCGUUUCUGA